AUGAAGAUGGCUGAACCCACAGAAGAUCCAGGUGGAGAAGAGGCCUCAGGAGGGGCAUCUGUACGGCAGAGAGAGAAUUCCCCUAUGUUACACUUGGACCUAUAUAACUUUGAAUGUCCUGACGCAGAAGGAAGUCGUUAUGUGCUGACCAGUCCCCGCUCCCUAGAGGCUUGUGCUCGAUGUAUGGUGAAACCAGUUGAACUUUUAUCUAGAAGUCUUUCUGAUCUAGUGAGGGAAGCUCCAGGACGGUCAAUGCGAGUAGCUACCGGUCUUUGUGAGGUUUAUGAGAUAGAAAGACAGAGAAAGCUGAAAAUGUGCAGGGAGGAGAGGGAAAGGAUUAUCCGUCAAGAAAAAAGAAGGAUCCUACCACUAGUGCUCAGCACCAAUCUUGGGUCCCCAUGUAGCUCGAAAGGGCCAUCUCGGGCAGAACUUGCAAACUCCCCAGCAUCCAAGAGAUGUGACACUCCAUCCAGCACUGGUUCCCAAAGAAGCAAUACACAUCUUUCCAAAGAUAGUACCAGAUCUCAGUCUUUACCUUCAAAACUCACACAAAGAGGCAAACCACUGCGGCCCAAAAGGCAACCUGCCUCCGUUUCCAGGGCUCAAAAGAGCAAUAGCUCCCAAUCUGACGAUACUCAGAGCAGUACUGAAUCAAUGACUAAGGAAAUGACCAGCGAUGCUGUUCAUCCAAUCCCAAGAAAAAAUAAAAGUCAGUCUUUGGACUCCCUACAGAAAAUGAGAGAUGGUACCUCUGGUAGAACAUCCUCAGAAUCCAUGACCUCUUCUUACAGUGGGGACAGCUUACGAGGUAGAACAGCACAAUUUAUUCCAAAAUCUAGGACUUUGGAUACAGUUGAUUCCCUUUUGGGUCGAAGUUUUAGCCUUGGGGAUCUUAGUCAUUCACCACAAACAACAAAGAAGGUUGAAAAAAUGGUUAAGGAGGUAAAAAAAAAAGGGAUUUAUGAAUUACCUUCAAGAGAUAGGAAGAUUGCAGCAAUUAUGAUUGCCAAGCAUGAGGAGGAGAACAUCAGGAAAGAGCAGUGUUACUGGGCUCACUUACAAUGGGAAACUCAGAGAAAGAGCUCAGAUUUAAGAAAGGGUCUGGAGGAAAGAGAAAGGCAACGAGCUAUAUUACAGGGACAACGAAUGUUUGAGUCUCAUGUCAGAAGUAGGCAUGGCAAAAUCUCUUUAGAGGAGCUGACGUCUGCAGAGAUGGAAAAACAAAGUAGAGGGAAAAGUAAGCAAAAGAACACCAGCCAAAUAAAAAGUCAAACAUCCAAAGAGCUAAAGAAAACUGAUGCUCAACAGCCAAGUGAUGAUUUCCUGCAAGAUAAGUAUCUGUUAGCUCAGAAUAAAAAACUGGAGAGGACCCAGCAGCUGCAGGUAAACAUAAUUCUGCAGAACAAAAUGGAGAAAAUUAAGCACCAAGCCAUUCUUCAGGAAUUGGCUCAGAAAGAGGAGUCUGAUACUGAGGAGCGCAAGAAGACACUUGAGAAACAUCUGCAUAAAACACAAGAAAAUAUGGGACAAUUACUUGAGAAAAAGAACCAAGAACUAAGGUCUAGAGCACAAAGGGAAGAGCAACAAAUUCAACGAGCAAGGCAGUCAGCAGAGCAACAAGAGAAAGAGCGUGUAGAGCAUUUGAAACAACUGUCCAAGACAGCAGAGAGAAGGCUGCAGCAUGCAUCUCAGGUAGCCGAUGAAGUUGUGCAGCACAAAUCUAGGAAAGCAGUGGAAAGUCGACUGGAAAAGGAGAAGAUCCAGAGGAAAAAUCGACAAAAGGUACUGAAGAAUGAGGACAUGAAAAGACAGGAACUUCUUAUGUCCAUAGAAAAGAAGCUUGAGCGCAGUGAACAUAUAUUUAAAGAAAAACAGACUGUGCUGGACAACGCACGCUUAGUGGCCAGGGCCUCCUUUAAUAUACGGGAGAAAGUAAGAGCUGAAACCAACACACGUACUUUUGAUAAAAUGGCCCUGGAAGCAGAAUUAUAUGCAAACAUUAAUAAGAAAUGA